AUGAGGUUAUCAUCAGCAUUAUUGGCCAUACCACUACUUUCAGCGGUGAACGCAUUGCAUUUUUAUUUCGAGUCUAAUGAGAAAAGAUGUUUCAUGGAGGAAUUACCGAGUGAUACGAUCGUAGAAGGUCACUAUAAAGCUUUCAUAUGGGAUGAACCUGCAAAUUUAUGGAAAAUGGAUCCAGAGAUUGGGAUUCAUGUAGCUGUAGAGGAACUCUCCUCGGGUCAUGUAGUAGUGAAUACUCGUGGACCGCCAGAGGGUCGAUUCACUUUCACUUCACAUGAGCCCGGAGAUCAUAAUAUAUGUUUACAUAGUAAUAUAACUGGAGGUUGGUUGACUAAUCAACAUAUCAAAUUGUAUUUGGAUAUAAAUGUUGGUAGUGCAAGACCUGAUUCUCAAGCCGAUAACACACAUGUAACCACACUUUCAUCCAAGAUUAGAGAACUGAAUACCAAAGUAGCAGAUAUCCAAAGAGAACAGAGAUACAUGAGAGAAGUAGAAGCUACUUUUAGAGAUGCUAGUGAAUCAACCAAUUCUCGUGCGGUAUGGUGGAGUUUAUUACAGAUUGCUGUAUUGAUAGGUGCUGCCAUUUGGCAAAUGAGAUAUCUAAAAGUUUACUUCGAAGAUAAAAAGCUUAGAUAA